GAGUGAGUAAGUUCAGGUGAACAGUUAAUCGGGGAAGCGCUGGGGCUGGGUCACAGGCUGGGGCUGGGGCCGGGGCUGGAGCCAAGGGAGACGUGGAAGGUGGCAGCAGCGCCCAGCAUGCGCCGGGGGCUCCCCACCAAAGAUGUACGUGGGUUAUCUGCUCGAGAAGGAUGCCAACAUGUACCCCAACCCGGUCCGGCACCCGGGGCUCAACCUCAGCCCCCAGAGCUAUAUGCCCUCUGCGCCUCCAACUCAGUACUCGGACUUUCCUGGCUACCAACACGUCCAGGGGAUUAACAGCGACCCUCCCCAUGGGCAGGCUGGGGGAGCCUGGUCUUCUCCCUAUCCCCCCGCCAAAGAUGACUGGACUUCCUACGGGCCAGGCCCCACGGCUCCUACUGCCAGCCCAGCCCAGAUCGGCUACAGCCCUGCAGACUUUGGUGCCAUCCAGGCUCCCCCAGGCGCUGGCCUGGGCCUCCUGCCAUCUUCUUUGAGCACCCCAGGGGCACCGCUUUCGCCCAGCACGCAGAGGCGCACACCCUACGAAUGGAUGCGGCGCAGUGGGUCAGCGGGCCACAGCAGCGGUAAGACUCGAACAAAGGACAAGUACCGGGUAGUGUACACAGACCACCAGCGCCUGGAGCUGGAAAAGGAGUUCCACUACAGCCGUUACAUCACCAUCCGGAGGAAAGCAGAACUUGCUGUCAGCCUGGGGCUCACGGAGAGGCAGGUGAAGAUUUGGUUCCAGAACCGUCGGGCUAAGGAACGGAAGGCAAACAAGAAAAAAAUGCAGCAACAGCAGCAACAAAGUCAGCCAAGUAGUACCACCGCCACCACGCCAACCCCAGCCUUGGGCCCCCUGCCUCCCAACACCCCCAUGGGAAGUUUGUGCACCAGCACCACAGGCCUGUUGGCCUCUUCACCACUGACUAUUAAAGAGGAAUACCUGCCCUAGGACUCACCCUUGGGCCUGAGCCUCACAAGCCUGGGAGAGACAAGCAGCCAAGCCAGGCCAGGCCACAGCAACAAUCUGGGGCAGUGUGGGAGUUAGGGCUGAAGCACAGGGUUCCUGGGGCAGCUGGAUGAAAAGGGGAAGGGGUACUGGCUUUCUGUAUCAUCUGUGAAGUGGAAAGAACCCUGGCCUAGGAACCAAGGGGUCUAACUUCUAGGUCUUGUGCUGAACUGAUCUCCUGUAGGACCUUAGGCAAGUCAUCUUCCCCUCUUUGUGGAACUUGGUUUUUUAUCUGUAAAAUUGGGAGAGAGGUCUCUGAAAUCCUUCCCAGUCCUUAAAACUUUAUAAUUCCGUAGAAUCCAAAAAAAGGUGAGAGGAAGAGAAGAUGCUUCUUCCUUUUCCCUAAAGGCGUGCUCCUGUUUUCUGGCAACCUGAGUGUCAGAGGGCAAAGGGACCUGCUCAGUGACACAAAACAUCAGCCAGGGGAAUCUGGACCCUAGAUGCCACAUGGAGGGCUCCAGUGGAAAACCAACAAAGAUCAAUACUGGAACUUCAGGAGCCACAUCAGAGACUAGUAAAGGGAAAAAGGGUUGGGAAGAACCAAUUCCUUGUCAGCAAGGAACCAAUGAGGCAACGAUAGCUUUAGUUGCUGUGACACCUCCUCUAGAAGAGAACUGGAACCUCAGAGUUAUACAGAGAACCAGAAGCAGAGAGAUUAAGAAAAUGGUCUCUUUUGGUUUCUUCCAGUUGGAGGCACCACAUCAGUCCAAAUAUACCACAUCCCACCUUUUCCCCAGAAACUUCCUCUUUCUUCCUUGGGCCUUUUUAGAAUCUUUUUUGCCUGGAAAUUAGCCCUACUGUCUGGAGAAAAUAAUGGUGCCAUUCUCUAGCCCUCAGAUUUCCCUCCUUUUUCUUUCUCCAUUCUUGGACUCUGCUCCAGACUAUCUGCUUAGGACAGAUGCAUUUAAAGUAUAUGCAUGCCUUUGUAAGGAAGGGAGAGAAAAAGUGGCCAUCCCAGCCCCUCCCAGUGUUCCCAAGCUUCAGUGUCCCUGGACAGUAAACAAUCCCUAGGAGGGAGAUGGAAUAGAAUUAUCUCUUGCCCCAAAUCUGUGGUCUCAACCCUCAGAAAGAACAAUCAACACUUCCCCAUCCUUUCAGGAGCUGAAAGAAGUAAAGAGGGUAUAGAGAAUACACCAGGGCCAAUGCUCUCCAGAAACAACUCUGCUCAGGUAACAGGCAUAAUGCCAACUUUGUUCCUCCCUCCCUCCCCCCCCCCCCAGACCCAGUAGGUCCAUUUCCCUCCCAGAAUCGGGUGCCAAGACAUCUAGGAACUCUGCACCUGUCAGGAGCCGGGACAGCCUGCCAGGAAUGUCUUGUAUAGAAAAUGAUGCCUUUUAAGGAGGCAGUUUGAAUGCUAAAUGUUGUUAAAUCCACAAGAGGAGUAUGAGUCUUUAAGUUCCUUCUAAAGCAGGAGCUUGGUAUAGUAUCUGGGCAGAGCUAAAGAGAGAUAUUCCCUGGAACCUUAAGGCAAUUUUCUCACAUUGGUUUUUAUUAAGCCUUGAGAAGUAAGGAUGAUCCUUCCCAUUUUACAGAUGUGCAAUCUGAGGCUCAGGGAGGUCAUCACUUACUCAAGGUCACAGAAAAAAAAUGUUUAUAAAUAUUAAACUGAAACAACUACACUCACUGGUUUCCAAGGUUAGCCUUUCUUUCACUCUGUCCAUUCCUUUAUUUUCAUGGUGCUGUUCCUCCCCUCUCUGUAACUGGAAGGAGGUAAACAGAGGCAGGAUAUCACAGGCAUGUGGGUGCUAUAGAAGGGAUUCUUCUACAAUAAAUAUUUUUCCUGUAGAGGGGGUUUAGAGAAAAGAUCACCUGACCUGCAGCCCAGAGAGAACUAGGUCCCAAUACUGUCUCUGCUGUUACUUGUAUGAUCAUGGAUAAAAGCUUAGGAGCAAAACUUGAGAAAUGGAAGGGACCUUAGGGAUCAUCUAAUCCAACCCUCUCAUUUUAUGGAUAAGGAAACAUAAUCCAAGAGUGAUGAAGUAACCAGUCCAAGGUUACAUAUCCUCUAAUCUCCCUAAGCCUCAGUUUCCUCAUCCAUAAAAUGGGAAGGACUGUUGUGAGGAUCUAGUGAAAUAAUGCAUGUAAAAUGUUUUGCAAACCUCAGAAUACUAUAUAAAUGUCAGUUAUAAUUAGGUGCUGAGUUGAACUAGAAGGACUUGAAGGACUAGAAGCCAUGGGUUUCAAUGAUUCUAUGUCCUUAUAUCCUUUCCUCCCAAUUGACUUAUAUGAGAGAUGGGAAUGUUCUCUUUUUUCAAAAAAUUUCCUGGAGUGCCUAGUGACUUUUUGGACUGAAUUUUCCUUGAAAAUGAUGUUUGGGGUAUUUCUGUGUAGACCCACUUUCUUUAUUCUAUGAAUUAAUCCUCUAAAACAAGAAGAUGAGAUUACUAAGAGCAAAACCUAUUGGUACGAAUGUUCACAGCAGCAUCAUUUGUUUUUUUUUUAAUUUAAGUAUUUUUGAUGGUUACAUAAUUCAUGUUCUUCCCCUUCCCUCUCCCCCCCACCUAGAGCUGACAAGCAAUUCCACUGGAUUAUGCAUGUAUUAUCACUCAAUACCUCUUUCCAUAUUAUUCAUUUUUGUAAUAAGAGUAAUCUUUUAAAACCAAAACCCCACAUCCAAUACCCAUAUAAACAAGUGAUAAAUCAUGUGUUUUUCUUCUGCAUUUUUACUCCCACAAUUCCUUCUCUCAAUGUGGAUAGUAUUCUUUCUUGAGAUUGUCCUGGAUCACUGCAUUGCUAUUAGUAGCAAAGUUGAUUAUGUAUGAUCUUCCCACAAUGUUUCAGUCUCUGUGUACAAUGUUCUCCUGGUUCUGCUCAUUUCACUCUGCAUCAGUUCAAGGAUCAGUUCGAAUGAAAAUCAAGCAGUUUAUUGUUCUUUAUUGCACAGCAACAUUCCAUCACCAACAUAUACCACAAUUUGUUCAGUCAUGCCCCAAUUGAGGGACAUCCCCUCAUUUUCCAAUUUUUUGCCAUAACAAAAAAGCACAGCUAUAAAGAUAUUUGUACCAACAUUUUUCAUUGUUAUCUCUUUGGGAUACAAACCUAGUAGUGGUAUUGCUGUAUCAAAGGUAUGCAUUCUUUUAAAACUUUUUGUACAUAAUUCCAAAUUGCCUUCCAGAAUGGUUGGAUCAAUUCACAAAUCCACCAACAGUUUAUUAGUGUCCCAAUUUUAUCACGCCCCCUUCAACAUUUAUUAUUUCCUUUACUCUCAUAUUGGUCAAUCUAGUAGUAUCGUUUGUGAUAAUAAGAAACUGGAAACAAAACAUUUGCCCAAGAAUUUAGGAAUAUCUAAAUAAGGUAUGGUACAGAUAAUUAAUGCAUUAAUACUAAUGCAUCACAAAGCUUAACAAAUGUGAAGAAUUGAGGAAAAACAUGGGAAGACUCAUAUGAGGUCAUACUAGGCAGAAAAGAGCCAAAAAAUAAUAAUAUACAUAAUAGCUAUAUGGUACAGUGGAAAGAGCAAUGAAUUUUGGACCUAGAGGAUCCAGAUUCAAAUCCUAACUCUACCAUUUACCUAUGUGAUCUUGAGGAAAUCAUAACCUCUGUGGACCUCAGUUUCCCCUUCUAUGACACGAGGAGGUUGGAGUAGAUGACCUCUAAAGUCCCUUCCGCCUCUAAAUCUAUAAUUUUCACUAAAAUAUAGUGCACUAAAAGAAAUCCCUGAAAUAAUACUAUAGUAACACCUCAUUUACCCAAAGGUUGCUUUUCAUAGAUAGGGCAAUACUAUCUGAAAUGUAGUAGUGAACAGGUAGUAUAUCAAAAUAGGCAUUGGAAUGGUGAUAAUCCACUGAAGGAGGAAACAGUAAGAGUAGACAUCACUUGGGACUAUUGACCAUAGGCUCUUUGCUAAAGAGCCCCACAGAUCCUAUCAACACCUAGAAGUAUCAUUACAGUCUAGCACCCUAACUCCAAACAACUCAUAUCCCUGAAUGAAUGGUCUUUCUGAUGGAA